AUGGCUAAUUUUACUACAGAUGGAAAAUUGUGCAUAGAACGGAAGUUGGAAGUGUACAGGUGUGAAAAAGAAUUCGAUGAUUUGAUAACUCGUUUUGAUAUAAACGAAACAUGCGGAUGGAUAACUAAAAAUAAUUUCUUAAAGGUUUGCCUUCAAUUUCCUGAUGAACUUCUUAAUGUGAGUACUAAGAUUUAUGAAGAAAUAAAGAAGAAAGUGGAGGUUGACUUGUACAUUCUUGGUGACACAUCUUAUGCAAGUUGCUGUGUAGACUCUGUGGCAGCUAUGCAUGUACAAGGCAGUGCAGUAGUCCACUAUGGACACAGUUGUUUCUCUACAACCAACAUUCCUGUGUUCACCGUGCUACCCAAAUACAAUGUGGAUGUGGAAGCUACUAUCAAAGUACUGAAAGAUAGCUUUAAUGCAGAUGCCAAGCUGUGCUUGUUUUAUGAUGCUGGAUUUGAACAUUGCAAAGAUUUAAUGUCAAAACACUGCUUUGAAUCCUUCCCACUUAGCUACAUAUCUUUUGUCGAGAUAGAAGAGAAACCAAACAGGUUCUUAGGAAGAAUAAUUAGGAACAAAGAUGGUGAAGACUUGGCAGUGGAUGUUUUGAAGGAUUGCAUUUGUAUACAUCUUGGAACACGGGGACAAACACUAUUCAACUACACCAUAUCUAUUGCAGCAUCACAAUGGUAUUUGCUGGAUCCUAACACAAACCAGAUUGAGAGUUCAGAAGAAACUGCUUGGUUCAAGCGAAGAAGAUUCUUAGUAGAGAAGUGCAAGGAUGCCAAUGUUGUGGGCAUUCUGGUUUGUAAGCUGGCUGGUGACCAGACCAAGGACAUUAUCAGCAGAAUGAAGCAGCUCUGCAAAGUUAAUGGCAAGAAAAGCUACAUUGUAUCUGUGGGGAAGCCUAAUGUUCCAAAAUUGGCCAAUUUUCCUGAAAUUGAUAUAUAUGUGAUGAUUGCAUGUCCAGAAAAUGAUCUGUACAGUGCUAGAGACUUCUAUAAACCUAUUGUGUACCCUUACGAACUGGAAGUGGCUUUAAACUCAAACAGAGAAGCUUAUUUCGUAACUCAUAUUACGGAUUAUGACCAAUUGCUGCCAGGGCGACGCCACCACUGUGAUAUCAACCACAUCCAGGAAACCACAGAUAUAAGUCUCAUCACAGGAAAGAUAAGGGAGACUAAAGUUGAUAGUCUUCAGGGAAGUAGUACAGAUCUGGCAGAAAAACAGAACUGGGCCCUCGAAAAUAUAGGACAAAACCUCCAAGAUAGGUCCUGGAAGGGUCUAGAGCAAAAACUAGGCGAAACAGAAGUGAAAAUGGCUGAACAGGGUCGCAAGGGGAUACCCAUCCAAUACAAUGAUGAACCAAAAUGA